AUGUUGUUUCCCGUAAAUGUUGUGCGUAACGUUUGUUGUAGACCAUUUCCCCCUCGUUCUGUACCAGCAUUGCCAAACGGCUUGUCAAACUGUGGAAUGAGAAACGGUUCUGUUGUAUCUAAUGCCAUCCACAGUCAAUUUACUCCUCUUCCAAACUGGUUUGAAGAAAAUUCACUAUCGAAAAUGAGCCUUACGUCGCGCGUGAACAAUCCAGCUCCUCGCAUUCCCGAUCGGCCCAAUACGGGGUCUCGUCUCUAG